UAUCUGUAUAAAUCUGCUCACAAGAGAAUAAAUUUCUUCCUGUUCCAUUUAUUUUCAUAUAGCUCAAACAAUAAUGUUCUUGACAUUAUAAUAGUUGUCAAGUGUGAAACAAGUUUGCUUCUUAAAACAAGUUAAACUCAAUAUCUUAAAUAUAACGUUUUGCUGUGUGCUUGUAAUAUAUGUGUGGAUUUCCUGAAAGACAAUAUCAUCAAAUCAAUUUGGCGGAAGAUGCUGACAUUUGAAGCGACAGAUUCCCCAGAUGCCGAUAAAGAGACAACAUCAGAAUCGGGUUCCUCCUUAAUUGGACUCGUAGUUGUUAUAGGGACAAUUAUACUAAUAAUAGUAUUGUGUAGACGUUAUAAUGGAUGUGUUUAUCUACGUAGCAUUUUUAGAAAUGCCCUGCAUGAACCAGAACCAAGGAUGUCUGCACCAAGGGAUAUUCAUUUGACAAGAACUAAUCAAGAUCGAAGGCACCACCGUUCUAGAAGUGCCGGGCAUGCCUUUUCUGAGCCAGAGUUAAGGACAACUGCAACGCAGAAUAUUUAUUACAGUGAACUGUCCAGAAACAAUGAGUAUCAAAGAGCGCCACCUAGCUACUGGUCAGUCUCGACAGACCAAUCACCAUACUCAGAGAAUGUUUAUAACAGCGAAAUGAACAGAAACAAUGAGCAUCAAACAGCACUUCAAAGCUUACUGUCUUCGAGCGACCAUUACGAAAUAGCAUCGGGUUCGACGAUUCAAUCUCCUUUCAGUUGCAAAGAGAGCGAGAAGAAGCUGCUGAAGAUUGACAAUGGUGAAGACGAUACGACACGGAGCAAACACACCAAUAAGAAUCAGCACCCUGACGGACUCAUGUAAAGCAGCUAGAUAUUACUCAGAUUCUCCCUUACUGCAGCAACAUCAGUAAUUGUUAAACAAUACUGAUUUUCAUAAAGAUACAUAUGCCGUUUGAAAUAAAAAUUUAAAAAUAAAGAAAAGGUUGCGUUCUUCCAUUAAGCUACAUCAGUUAAACACUUUUUAAUAAUCAUACAUUUUUAAAUAAAACAUAUUUAAGAUUAUUAAAUGUAAAUUCUAAUUAAUUUAUUUUACUAACAAGGUCGUUAGUAAACCCCCAAUUUUGAAAUAUUCAUAAGCACGUGAUGUGACAAGCUAAUUAUAGAACGUACACAAGUUGUCGACGCGAAAACGUGAUUGGUCCGAAGCAGUUGAUAAUUCGUUCAAAGAGAAAAGAAAGAACCAGUUUGACAGAGAACGUUGUAAAACAGCAACCUAUAUUGGAGACCCCUUUAAGCGGUAGACACGUGUGAGAGUCUUCAUGUUAACUAUGGGCUUACCGGCUUCUUGCUUUUGAUAAGUGGCUCACACAGCGGAAUGUUUUCUUUGUUAGAUUAGAUUACUCAUAGAGGAAAGAAAGCUUUUGUGUAUGGUACGAUAUACAUUGUCUGAAAAGGAUAAAACAUAUAUAGCUUUCACUCAAAUACUGAAAAUCUGUUAAUUGUACAGGUCAUUCUCGAUGGCUCGACCUUCGAUCGCUCGAUGUUCUUGAUCGCUCGGAGUCUAGGGUCUCGAUUUUUUCUCUAUAUAACUAAGCACAUUUUCUCUUGAUUUCUCGAAAUCUUAAUCUCUCGAAACCCUUGAUCCCUCGAAGUCAAACUGCAGCCCCUUUAUUCAUAAUCUAUGCUUUUUUACUCUCGAUACCCGGAAGUCGCUGUGUAUCUCCACGCGCUAUACCUAAUUUAACACAUACUUGGUCAUUUAAAUGGCUCCAGGCGUUAGACCCGGGACCCGUGUCACGGGUUGUUUACUCAGGCGACACUUGUCCUGCAAGAUGAUAAUUGUUUGAUGAUUGACCAUACCGAUACCUAAUCUAUAACACCAACCGUUUUACGAUAAUUUGGAGAUGCAAUGAAAAUGAGAAAUUAAUUGAGACGAAACGAUAAUAUUGAGCCAUGGUCAAAUUUUAGAACUAUAAAACUGUAAAAGUUAUGCUUAUCAUGCUAUAUAUAUGCUAACCUGUAAUCAUAAAUCACCUAUUGAAACUGGAAGAUGAAAUAACAUAGAAAGAUGUCAUAUAAUUUGUUCAUUAUGUAAUAAAAACACUCUGGGUGACGAAUACCACAAUGUUAUGGAAUGCCAGGCAUUUUCUUUACUCCGCAACAAAUAAAUUGAAGAAAAUAUUCCACAAAUGUUAAUACUUAUAAAUUUGGGAACUUUAUGAAUACCAAUGACAUCGAUUCAUUAAAAGAAUUGUCCAUAUUUGUUAAAAACAAAUUAGCUCGUUUCAUUCAACUCUGUUCUCUUCCUAACUUGACCCUGCAUUUGUACAUUUGUAAAUAUUUUGUUUUUGUAACUCAUGUACCAUUGAUAUGGUUUGAGAGAAAUAAACAUUCAUUCAUUCAUUCAGAAUUAUUGUCAUUAUAAUGAUUAUUGCUGAACAAGUGCUUACAGCGGGAGAUGGACCCGUAAAGUGGGAACAGUGGGUGAUACUUAGUUAUCUCAUUAUCACAUGACGUCUCGCAGUCCAGUAGUACAU